AUGGCGUCCCGACUGACCUUGUUAAGAAACUUGACUUUUAGAAGGAAUCUUCGCCUUCUUUGCUCACAGGUAAGACGAUCAGUGUACCACAAACUUUCUUUGCCUUGAUUCUUUGAAAUGACGACUUACUUUUUUCAGAGCCGGCCAAGUCUUGCUAGGACGCGAUCGAUUUUGCCUCAUGCAUCCUUCCAGCUGAACGCGAUCAGUUUUGAUAAGGUAACCUCUCGAGUAUUCAAGAAAUCUUGUUGCAAUAUUUUAUUAUUAUUAUUUUUCUAAGAAUAAGCGUGUUUCCUAUUCCGUUUAAACUUUCAGAGGAUGGUAAACCAAGGACAGGCUUUGCGAUUUCUAAGAACAACCUCAGGUUUGUUUGAACAUUUCUCUAUCAGCUGAACAUUAAUAAGAUUAUUUUGUCAUCUCGAUUUGUGUGAUGAUCUUGUUUUAACUUAUUUCUGUUUUUACUUAUACCAGUCAUCAACAAUUUGGCGUUCUAUAUGUAUUAUUUUACCGCCCUCUCAGUGACAGAUCUUUACAAAAACUCGUAAAAGUGUCUAAGUUUGUUGGGGGUGUGUCGGGGGAGGGGUAGAAUUUUUCCUUAGGGUUUGGAGAGUAAAUAUCUUGAAGAGGGUUCCUUUUUCAUUAACACAAACUUAUUUGUGUCAUUCAAGUGAACAGUUUGCAAGGUACAAUCGGUUACAAAUUAAAAAACACAAAAAAAUUAAAGAAUAAUGAGGUACCUGACGGGAAAACUAGUUAAAGAGAGAACCCUUCUGUACUUUUACAUGAGGCAAAAACUUUUUCUCAUUGAUAAUAUGCUACAACUAAUUUGAUUAGAAAUGCUGGACUGGCAAAAGAGCAUUCUCAUCUUUUCUUGCCAGUUACCAAUGCAACCAUCAUUCUUUUUUGUUUUCAAUCAUUCUAGCCACAGAGUGAAUCAUUUAUUAAUAAUUUUGUAUGGCUGUGAUUGUUAUGUACUGAUAAUCUGUUUGUUUGUUUGUUUUUUAAGGUAUGAAUGGAGAAAUUCUGCCAUUCAAAUUAUCUGACAUAGGAGAAGGAAUAGCUGAAGUAACAAUCAAAGAAUGGUAUGAGAUGUUCUUUUGUACUUUCUCUUGCCUUGCAACCUAUAUCUGUGAAUUAAAUAGUAAUAAAAAUGAUAUAUAAUUUAAUCUGGAAAAAGAAAUAAUUAUUCUUAAUCUCUGAAAAGAUAAAUGCAAGUUUAAAAAUAUUUGUACAGACAUGAUUGUUCGUUUUUUUUGGAGACCAUAACAUUUAGUCCACAUCAAAAUUUUCUGGUCAAGAGGUGGUUCAACCCUUUUACUGCCAGAGUGAAUAAUGGAGUUUUGUAAGGUGACUCUAACUUUUGAGUCCAAGGACAAAAUCCUAUGUAGUGACCAUUCCAAUGAAACCUCUCUACCUGUACUUUCACAUGGUACUGUUUGUUUCUUCAUGGUGCAGUUUUUUUGUUGUUUUGCUAUUAAUUUUAUUUUGUUUGUCAGAUUUUGCAUUUGGCCACAUUUGGCAGUGAAAGGGUGAAAUCAGGUUUAGAAACCAAUAAAAAUUGAGGGUUCUGUUAAUUUAGAUCAGAGAAGAGACCUAUUUGUGUUUUCUCUUUAGGUUUGUGAAGCCAGGUGAUCAUGUCAGUCAGUUUGACAGCAUUUGUGAAGUACAGAGUGAUAAGGUUGGUAGAGCUGUGCACAUAAGGUACAGGCAACCCACAGCAUAUACAUCUUAUUUUCAGUGAACAUUAAUAACAGUUAAGUCUCAAAUUCUUGAACCACCUUGGUUCUAGUAAAAUGUGGUGAAGGGAAGUAAGGUUUGGUUCAAAUUAUCAUGAAUUCCAAAAAGCGAGGGUUCAAGAAAUCAGGAUUCUACUGUAUUGAUAUUGUUGUUUUUUCUCUGGCUGUAGUAUUUUGUUAGAAUUUUCAGAACAUUGACCUUGAGUAGCUGGUUUUCUGAAAGAGUUUGAGAGAGUUAGUUUGACUUAGUUAUUUGCAUACACAGAAAAAAGUAGAGAUUUUUUAUUACUCUACAGUUCAGUUUGCGUAAGAGCUGAGAAAACAGCCAAUGAAUUAUUGACCUGAAGCUAUGAAGCCCGUAGUGUUUACCUAACAUUUAGUUACAAUAAUUGUGGACCCUUAGAUUACAGACAAACAAACUUCAUUCUGUUUGUUGAUAUGUUAGGCAUCUGUUACCAUCACCAGUCGUUUUGAUGGAAUCAUCACCAAACUUUAUUAUGAAGUAGAUAAUACAGCUAAAGUUGGACAGCCCCUGGUGGAUAUAGAGAUCACCUCCUCCACAGAGACCAGUAAGUUUAUACCCUGCCUUUAUUGCCAGGAGUGUCUGUAAUUAAAUUUUGCUGAAAAGCCUAAUUGUAAUUUGGUGCAUUAGCUUAGUUAGUUUGGUUAAGUGCCAUCCCUUGCCUGUUGAUUGCCAUCUCUUGCCAGUCACAUUUCUCCAGCAUUCUUGUUCUCAGUUCUCUAACAGUUGCAAACCUAGCAUCCUCAAGAAGAGUGUGUGCCAUACUAAGCACUAAAUCUAGCUUCAUGUGAAAGUACUGUGGAAGAGGUUAUUAUUGGGUUAUAAGGAUUUCUUGUACAGACUCACCUUAUACAGCGUGAUAUGCAGUGCUACAGGAAAGUACUGCUCAGAAGAUUUCAUUUCAAAGGACACUCUCAAUCGCACUCAAGGAUUACAUCCGUAGAAUCAAAGUUAGAACUACAUGAUAAAUUAUGCGUAUCUGCCCUUUUUGACUUAAGAUGUAAAAAGCUUCAAACUGAAAGUGUGAUAAUUAAAAAACAUUGAGACUUGCUUUUGAAAACUUCAAUUCUCAUUUACCAUCUACCAUCCAUUGUACGUGAAUUCCACUGAUGUAACUUUGUUCAGUAUGUACAGACUGUACCUCUCAAAUCAUUGUUCUCGUUUUUAGAUGCUGACAAAGUUCCGAGCCCAGCUGAAGAUGUCAUGGCUGCCCAGCAGAAGCCCAAACCAACACAUGCUAUAGAAGAACCUCUUCCUCCACCACCCCCAUCCCCACAGUCAACAGCAUCACAAUCUAUGGCUCCCUCAUCCCCUCCCCCACAAGCUUCAGAACAGAUGAAGAGUGGUAGUGGAAAAGUUCUUGCCACUCCUGCAGUGCGCAAGAUUGCAAUGGAGCACCAUGUAAGUGGAAUGCUUUGCCCAGCUACAAAGCUGACCACCCAUUCUUUCAGUAUUUCUGACACAAAACCAACUCACUGGCUUGCUUGAUCUCUUUGCCACUUGAAAACUAUAAUUUUAAUUUCGAGUUCAUGUGCUGCUUUUCUAGAUAACUCUGGCGGAUGUUUCAGGAACAGGCAAAGAUGGUAGAAUCUUGAAAGAAGAUAUUAUGAAUUACAUUGAAAAAAUGAAAUCAGCACCUGCACCUGCAGGUAAGUACGCCAUCACAAUUAAUGUCAUCAGGAUUGAACCAUGUGGAUUGGACCUCCUCCCAUACAGCAUUCCAUAAUAAUACUUCCAUUCACCAUCAAUGUUGAACUCGCAGUCUUAGUGGCAUUUAGAUCAUCUUUUAUAUAUAGCUGCCAAUUCGUUAUGAAUAAAAUCCAGAAUUUUAAUGCCUGGAUAAGCAAUUAUUCAGAACUCCAAUGUUUGGAAAAGGCAGCAACAAGAAUUCCAAUGUUUGGAAAAGCCAAAGUCCAGAAUUCCAAUCUUUGGAAAAGCCAAAAUCCAGAAUUCCAAUGUUCGGAAAAGCCAAAAUUCAGAAUUUCAAUGUUCGGAAAUGCAAAAAUCUAGAAUUCAAUAAACUGCAAAAUUUGCAAAAUUACAUAUCUCUACUGUCUGUUAGGGGAGUGUGGAUUUUUUCUGGAAUAACUUAUAACCCAGUCAACAAUCAAGUUUGAGCAGCUGAGCAGCAAAUGGAAAAUUAUUUUUUAUAACAGACUUUGAUUCUUGAGGCUAAACUUAUACUGAAGAAAUUGAAAAGUCAGAUUAAUUAGAUAAGUCUUCAACCUUUGACCAGUGAUGAUCUUCGAUUAUCUUCUGGGAACAUCAAACAUUUAUAAACUGACAAGGUCACUGGAUCUGUAUCUUUGGUAUAGAUAGUUGAUGUGACUUUACAAGAAAUCUCCAUGACUCACCGACCUUUUAUGCCAAUUAUGUGUCUUUACAGCUCCUUCGACCCCUGCAGUUGAUGUGCAAGAAGCAGUCCCCACUGCCCCACCCACUCCAGUCAGAAGACCUGAAACAAUGCUGGAGGAUAGAACAGAACCAAUCAGAGGAAUUAGAAAAGCUAUGGCCAAAGUAAUGACUGCAUCUAAUGCAAUCCCUCAUUUUGGCUACAACGAUGAAAUAGUUCUAAAUGAGCUGGUCCGGUAAGUACCUCGCCUGUGUACAGACGUCCCCCUCCCCUCAAAAAAAAUGGGGGAGAGAGUCUGUCUCCCCAGUUUUUUCUGAGAGGAGGGGGGCAUUUGUACACAGGCAAGUAAGUACCUUCUAUAGAUUGUUUUUACUCACGUGAUCAGCAGCUAUGCAAAUUUCUUCAAGUUAAACAAUAUUUUUACAUGAGAUGAAAGUUCACUCUCCACAGGAUUUUUCUGUCUGCGCUGUUUCAUUGUUUUAAAUACCAGUAUUAGCUGUUAGGGUAAAAUUCCGACAAGCGACAUGGCCUUGAAACAGCGACAUAAGACAGAUGAAAUGGUGACAUAAGACAUAAAGAUGGGUUAAAUACCAACGGGGAAUUGGAAUUUUGAAACGUUGGUUUUUUUAGGAGAAAACUGGAGUACCCAGAAAAAACCUCUUACAUCGAAAAAGAACCAGCAACAAACUCAACCCUUCCUGAAGACACUGGGCUUGUUUAAUGAGACCUCUUCUUCAGUACACUUUUCCGAAAAUGGUUAUAAGCAACUGCUUUUUAUUGUUUUUUCUUUUAUCUUGGGCACCUCUUUGGAGUAACAAGGUUAAUAAGUUGUUUAGUAAUCAUAUGGUACAAUGAUUAUUUUAUGGUCACAUAGUAUUUUUCUCUCUUCCAGGUUAAGAAACCAGAGUAAAGAAUCAUUCCAGAACAGAGGAGUAAAGCUAUCAUUUAUGCCAUUAUUUAUCAAGGCAACAUCCAUGGCCUUGUUACACUUUCCAGUACUCAAUAGUUCAGUGGAUGCAGAAUGCGAGAAUCUCACUUUCAAGGUCGGUUGUGUGGUGAAAAUGCUGUUAACGACUCUGAAAAAAAAUUUUGGAGGACGUUGAGAGAUGGUACAUUUUCAAAUCAUAGAACGGAAACCAACUCUCUUGCAGACAAAUACUUUGGCCAUUUUCAGAGCUCUGAACUGAACAUUUGUUUGUAUAUAUUUUUCAGGGUUCCCACAAUAUUGGUGUUGCCAUGGAUACUCAGCAAGGCUUAUUAGUGCCGAAUAUUAAAAAUGUCCAGAACAAAUCAGUAUUUGAUAUUGCUGUUGAACUUAACAGACUUCAUCAGCUGGGACUCAGCGGAAAGUUAUCCCCAGAUGAUUUGUCAGGAGGGACUUUCACUCUAUCAAACAUUGGAACAGUGAGUGCUUAUCUCAAAAUACACUGUAUGCAAUAACAAGAGUUGAUACCUGGGUGGGGUGGGGGGUUACUGUGAUAUAUGGACUAUAUAGGUAUGUGCCGCUGUGAAGGGUAUGAUUUUCAAGAGGUUUAGUGUGGGAUAGGGUAUAAAAAUAAGAGAAUCCUUAGGAUAGGGUACCUUUUACCAAGAAACUGAUCAUCUGGUUGAAGAUUUUAGUCUAGACUAGGAAACUGGGAAUAAACACUCACAAAUAUGAAACUGGCAAAUUUUAAUUUACCCGCACCUUAAUUUACAUCAAUAGCAAAGAAACGUAGAACCUCGGUAGUUUCUGGAGAAUUUUAACUGUAGGAUAAGAGGACAUUUGGGGGGUAUAUUCUAGUACAGGGUUGCAAAAUUCACCUGAACUAGGUCUGGUAUAGCCUGUAUACAGAACCCCCCUCCCCUCAGUAGAACUGAUUUUUACUGAGGGGAGGGGGGUCUGUACACAGGCUAGGUCUGGUAUAGGCUGAGGAUUCCCGGGGGAUCUCUUGAAAACAAAGACCCUUAAGACCAACCUCCCUGCUGGGAGUUGACGCUUGAGAGCUCUGAUUACAGAAAGUAGUGGAACCAAUCUCAUGUCAUGCAUGUAGGUUGAUACGGACUAACUUGGUGCAUUUUCCUGGGUCUUUAUCAACUAUAGAUUGGAGGAACAUAUGCUAAACCAGUGAUCAUGCCACCAGAGGUAGCCAUUGGUGCAAUUGGGAGACUACAGGUUAGUACACAGUGUAACAUAGGCUUGAUUUAGACUUUUGUGUUUAUGAGACGCUGCUCAACAUGUCUCCUUCAAUUGCAUUUAGAUGUGUUCAUUAUUUACCAGCUGGCUAGACAAGAUGCAGUCCAUGUCUUCAGUAUAUAAAUUCAGAUAUUUUAAAACAAGAACUAAAUGGUACAGAAGUUUUCUGGAAAAUUUUAGAUGCGGGAAAUUCUGGUACUAAACAUUGAUCAAGGUUGUUGAUAGUUGCAGGGUUCUCAAUAGAAGGCGGCACCCGGCGAUUGAUCGCCGCUUACUUUGGGAUUUAUAGCCGCUUACUUUGUGUUUAAGUCGCUUUUCUUUGCUUUGUUUUGACACCUCUGGCUUUGCUGAAGAGCCUCCUACUUUAUCAGUGAUCACCUCCUACUUAAAAAUCUAUUGAGAACCCUGUAGUUGUGGAUGUUUUUUAAACUUUGGGUUUUGCCUUAGGGCAAGGAAUAACCAGAAGGAAGAAACCAAUCAAUGCAAUACUUUGAAUGUUAAAUUUUAAAUUUGAACCAUGCCAGGAGUCUAGCUAUUAUAAAAGCAUAGAUUACAUACUUACAUGUACUUCCAUUCGAUGCCUAAAAGACAACAGGAAGAAAACUUGCCCCAUAAGGUUUGAUCUCUCAUGCAACUUUCAAGAUCUCUAAGGUUCUUUAGCCCAGUUUCUCUCAGCGAUGUCAGCUGUUGUGCUGGAGGGCUCUCAUCACCAAAAACAUGUAUAAACAUCUGCAAACCUUUGUUAGCUGUUUUCCACCCUGACAAUCUUACUCAACCUACUUAUUAAAUGACUCCUGUGUUCAAACCUUUCACAGGAAUUACCCAGGUUUGACGAUAAAGACAAUGUAUACAAGGCGUACAUAGUCAAUGUGAGCUGGUCAGCUGAUCACAGAGUCAUAGAAGGAGCUACCAUGGCAAGAUUCUCUAAUCUGUGGAAAUCAUAUCUUGAAAAUCCUGCAGCAAUGAUGGUGGACUUGAGAUAACACUCCAUGUCAUAACUGAUUAAAAGACUGGCAGUCUUAUAAUUUUAUUAUCAGUAUAAAUUUCUCCUUGUUAUGGUUGCUCAAUGACUGAGCAUUUUAUGCAUCAUGCAAUUAAAUGCAUGCAGGGUGAGAUGAACAUUUUAUGAAUUGCUUGCCCAUUGCAUAAGAUCAGUAGCAUGGAACAAUAAAUUCGGCAGGCAUACCAACCCUCUUUGUCACAGACAGUUUCUUAUCUUGGCAAAGGUUCCUUGCCCAUGGGACAACUCACAAUUUGGCUAAUAUUAACACACGCUAGCCCAUAGGAUGGCUCCAUUAGCCCUGGCUAUCAAACAACAAUUUAUGUGUUGAAUGAAAAAAAUAUUCAGAGGUCGAUUUUACCUUAAAUGGAGG